GGCAGAGCUUUCAGAGAACCAGAGAACAAAUACGAUUGUAUGGUUCAUCGGAGGAUUCAACACUGUAUCCGUCAAACACAAACAUGACUGAGGGGACGCACCUGCGGAGGCGAGGGGGGCCGUACAAGACGGAGGCAGCCACAGACCUGAGCCGCUGGAGGCUGUCUAACGUGGAGGGCAGGCAGACCUGGUGCUAUGUGGAGGAUCAGGACACCCCAGACCGAGAGCAGACAAUGCUGGAAGCCCAUUCUCUGGGCUUAGACACGAGUAUGUUUGUGUCUGGCUCUGAAGCUGCCCACACGGCUGUAGAUGCAGCUCUGAAAGGUAUGCACUUCUACAGGCACCUCCAGGCGGAGGACGGUCACUGGGCAGGGGACUACGGUGGACCUCUCUUCCUGCUCCCAGGUCUCCUGAUCACAUGCCACAUGGCUAAAAUCCCCCUGGCCGAAGCCUGGAAGAAAGAGAUGGUGAGGUACCUGCGCUCUGUGCAGCUGCCAGAUGGAGGCUGGGGUCUACAUAUUGAAGAUAAGUCGACCGUCUUUGGCACAGCGCUGAGCUACAUUUCAUUAAGGAUCCUGGGAUUAGAGCCUGAUGAUCCAGAUAUGGUUCGAGCCAGGAACAACCUGCACAGCAAAGGAGGCGCUGUGGGGAUUCCCUCAUGGGGUAAAUUCUGGUUGGCCAUCUUAAAUGUCUACAGUUGGGAGGGAAUGAACACACUGCUGCCAGAGAUGUGGCUGUUUCCCUCUUGGAUGCCAGCCCACCCCUCGACCCUUUGGUGUCACUGUCGCCAGGUUUACCUGCCCAUGAGCUACUGUUAUGCUGUCAGACUGGCUGCAGAGGAAGACUCCCUGAUCCUCAGCCUCAGACAGGAGCUGUAUGUCCAGGACUAUGCCACUAUUAACUGGCCCGCUCAGAGGAACAAUGUGGCAGCAUGUGACAUGUACACACCUCACAGCACAUUACUCACGGUUGCCUAUAUGGUGUUGAACGUGUAUGAAGCCCACCACAGCACCACACUGAGAGGAAAGGCUGUCAAAGAACUGUAUGAACACAUCCAGGCUGAUGACCGCUUCACUAAAUGCAUCAGCAUUGGACCGAUCUCCAAGACUAUCAACAUGCUGGUUCGCUGGUAUGUGGAUGGUCCCUCAUCUCCGGUCUUUCAGGAGCAUGUGUCCAGGAUCCCAGACUACCUCUGGUUGGGAUUAGAUGGCAUGAAAAUGCAGGGGACCAAUGGAUCUCAACUCUGGGAUACUUGUUUUGCUGUACAGGCUUUCCUUGAGGCAGGAGCCCAAGAUAACGCCAGACUAGCCGAGUGCCUCCGAGAUGCCCAUCAGUUUCUCACCAUCACACAGAUACCCGAGAAUCCUCCUGAGUACCAGAAGUACUACAGGCAGAUGAACAAGGGAGGCUUCCCCUUCAGUACCCGCGACUGUGGUUGGAUUGUGGCUGACUGCACAGCGGAGGGCCUGAAGUCAGUGAUGCUGCUGCAGGAGCUUUGUCCCUCAAUCGGCCAGCCUGUCCCCUCAGAGCGCUUGUAUGAUGCUGUCGAUGUGUUGCUGAGCAUGAGAAACUCUGACGGUGGAAUUGCCACAUAUGAAACUAAGAGAGGGGGGAAACUCCUGGAGCUGCUCAACCCGUCCGAGGUGUUUGGUGACAUCAUGAUAGAUUAUACCUACGUGGAGUGUACCUCAGCAGUAAUGCAGGCUCUGAAGCACUUCCAGAAGGAAUACCCUGAACACCGUGCUGAGGAGAUAAGUUCCACUCUAAGAGAAGGACUGGAGUACUGCAGGAAGGUGCAGAGGCCUGAUGGAUCCUGGGAAGGGUCCUGGGGAGUGUGCUUCACAUAUGGAAUAUGGUUUGGCCUUGAAGCCUUUGCUUGUAUGGGUCACGUCUACAAGGAUGGGGAUGUGUGCGUUGAGGUGCAGAGAGCCUGCCAGUUCCUGCUCGACCGGCAGAUGCCAGACGGAGGCUGGGGGGAGGACUUUGAGUCUUGCGAGCAGCGGCGCUACGUCCAGAGCAGCAGCGCUCAGAUCCACAACACCUGCUGGGCUUUGUUAGGCCUCAUGGCUGUCAGGCAUCCUGACAGGUGGGCCGUUGAGAGAGGAGUUCAGCUGCUGAUUGACAGCCAGCUGCCCAACGGAGACUGGCCACAGGAGAAUAUUGCAGGUGUGUUCAACAAGAGCUGUGCGAUCAGCUACACCUCCUACAGAAAUGUCUUCACAGUCUGGACCCUCGGUCGCUUCUCAACACUUUACCCCGGCAGUCCAUUGGCUGGGAAGGUCAAGCUGUGAAGACUUUUUUUAAAGGGGUCAUCAGACUAUGUGCUAGGAUGAGAAAACUUAAUGUCUUCAACAGAAGCAAAAUAAGACGUCAACAACACAAACUGUCCAAUGGGAGUAAUGAAUGAUGAAAUGCAGUCAACCAAUGAAUUGUGCACAAUUUCUAUGUGUAUGGAUUUUUGAAAACUUCAGCUGUUUUUUCAGAGUUGAAUCCUACAGAUAAAGACACGCAGGGCAUUCUUUGAAUUACUUUCUGUGUUGACAUUCCAGGAUGGCUCAUCCGUCAAAGCUAAUCCCUCAACACGUACUGUAAAAGAAUGCUGCUAUCUAAGAUGCCCAGUUCAUGCGCUCUGGUUUAUAGUGUGUUAAAACAUGUAUGUCCAUGUUGCCUUAUAUCCCUUCCCCUUCCCUACCAUUUGCAUUAAGGAUAAAUCAUUUUCCUAUGUUAUUAUCACCUCUGGAUGUAUCUCCAAUAAAUGUGCUUG